AGCAAACUGGACAAUGUCAGUUGAGUGGGUUUUGAAAAUGUCUGAAGUUUAGUGGGCUGCAUCUACCUUCUCCCCACCCUUUACAACAGAAUAAAUGGGAUGUUUGAGAAGACAGCUCUAUUAAAAGAAGAGUGUUGCAAAUGGCUUCAGAAUCUAUGAAUGCAAAACAAGCUAGGAAUCAGUGCGCAAAAGGGAAAAGGCAACAGCACCAGCAAAUAAAGAACAGAUCUUCAGUUAGUGAUGGUGAUGGAGAAGACUCCUUUAUCUUCGAAGCACAUGAAGCUUGGAAAGAUUUUCAUGAGUCUCUUCUUCGGUUUUAUGAAAAUGGAGAACUCUGUGAUAUAACACUAAAGGUUGGCUCAAAGUUAAUCUCUUGUCACAAACUGGUACUGGCUUGUGUUAUUCCCUACUUCAGAGCCAUGUUUCUCUCUGAAAUGGCUGAAGCCAAGCAAACCGUGAUUGAGAUCAGAGAUUUUGAUGGUGAUGCAAUAGAAGACCUGGUAAAGUUUGUCUAUUCUUCACGGCUCACUUUGACUGUUGACAACGUCCAGCCUCUCUUAUAUGCAGCCUGUAUUCUACAGGUUGAACUGGUGGCUCGAGCUUGUUGUGAAUACAUGAAAUUACAUUUUCAUCCCUCCAAUUGCCUGGCAGUAAGAGCCUUUGCAGAAAGUCACAAUCGAAUCGACUUAAUGGACAUGGCGGAUCAGUAUGCCUGUGAGCAUUUUACCGAGGUAGUGGAGUGUGAAGACUUUGUAAGUGUGUCACCCCAGCACCUCCAUAAGCUUUUGUCCUCCAGUGACCUCAAGAUUGAUAAUGAAAAGCAGGUCUAUAAUGCAGCCAUCAAGUGGCUACUUGCCAAUCCUCAGCAUCAUUCCAAAUGGUUGGAUGAAACCCUUGCACAGGUUCGUUUGCCGCUGUUGCCGGUUGAUUUUCUUAUGGGCGUUGUGGCAAAAGAACAGAUUGUCAAGCAAAAUCUAAAAUGUAGAGAUUUACUGGAUGAAGCAAGAAAUUACCACCUUCACUUGAGUAGCAGAGCAGUACCUGACUUUGAAUAUUCCGUUCGGACUACACCAAGGAAGCAUACUGCUGGCAGGCCAGUGGUUCUCAUGGUGGGAAGGAAGUGCUGGCGCCCUGGACCAGGAAUCGGCCUUUACUCAGGAAUUGGUGUGCUGUUCUGUGUCGGUGGUCGAGGUGGAUCCGGAGACCCUUUUCGCAGUAUUGAAUGCUAUUCUAUCAACAAAAACAGUUGGUUCUUUGGACCAGAAAUGAAUAGUCGAAGGCGACAUGUGGGUGUAAUCUCUGUGAAAGGUAAAGUGUAUGCAGUGGGUGGACAUGAUGGAAAUGAACAUUUAGGUAGCAUGGAGAUGUUUGAUCCUCUGACAAAUAAAUGGAUGAUGAAGGCAUCAAUGAACACAAAGAGGCGAGGGAUUGCCUUGGCCUCUUUAGGAGGCCCAAUUUAUGCAAUUGGAGGGUUAGAUGACAACACUUGCUUCAACGAUGUGGAGAGAUAUGACAUAGAAUCUGACCAGUGGAGUACAGUGGCACCAAUGAAUACUCCUCGUGGAGGAGUUGGCUCGGUGGCUCUAGUAAACCAUGUUUAUGCCGUAGGUGGCAAUGAUGGAGUAGCUUCUCUAUCUAGUGUGGAGAGGUAUGAUCCACAUCUGGAUAAGUGGAUAGAAGUUAAAGAAAUGGGUCAACGAAGAGCAGGCAAUGGAGUUAGUGAGCUCCAUGGUUGUUUAUAUGUUGUUGGUGGCUUUGAUGAUAAUUCUCCUCUGAGUUCAGUUGAGCGGUAUGACCCUCGAAGUAACAAGUGGGAUUAUGUAGCGUCACUUACCACUCCCCGGGGUGGAGUGGGGAUCGCAACAGUGAUGGGCAAAAUCUUUGCAGUUGGUGGUCACAACGGCAACGCCUACUUAAAUACAGUGGAAGCAUUUGAUCCAGUGCUGAAUAGGUGGGAGCUUGUUGGAUCUGUGUCUCACUGCAGAGCUGGAGCAGGUGUAGCUGUGUGUGCCUGUUUAACUAGCCAAAUUCGAGAUGUGUUGGUUUUUCAAUUUCUUGGAUAUUUACAAAAAUAGAAAAAAAUGUUUCAUCUUUCUGAGUGCCACUUGGCUGCAUUUUCAGAAGCUAAUAGGAGUGUUGUAAGAUCUUAAUUUCAGUUUGAAUCGUUAGGACACCAAAAGACCUAGUACAUUCCAUCUGAACAAAUGUACACUUUUAUUUUUUCAUCCCAUGCAAAAAAUUUUUUUUAUAUAAUAAGCAAAACUUGAACCAGAAGAAAUAUUACAGGAAGGCUUUAGAGUUGAUGUUAAUCUAGCCACAAGACCUUGAGAAGGAAUUGUACUGAUUACAUACUCCCUGAUGAUGGGAAUCUGAAAAUAUGUUUAACUCUCUUGUUUGAUGUAAUCAUUUGAUUUUGAACCCAAGAUUUGUUAUCUUUCUAUUUUGCUGUUUGCCACCAUCAUGGGUUUUCUAAUUAUACAGAAUAUGGAUUAAUUCACUAUCAGAAAAUGAAUGCAUUUUUACAAAAACCCUUUAUAGAUUGUAGUUUGAUUAGUUCAAGUCCAUUGCCAAUAAAAUAUAUUGUUGGUAAAAAUAGAGAACAAUUGAAACUACUAUUUUUCCUGUUUUAUUUAAUACCCUCCAGUAUAUUUAUUGAACUUUAAUUGAAAAUAUAUAUUAAUUUGAAGCCAGGAUAUUGAUACACUUACUGACUUAAGAGCUCUUCAUGGUUUUAACCAGCAUUAUAAAAUGGUCUAUUCAUUAUAUGUAUAUAUUUUUUAUAAAUAUUUAUGAAUAUUAAAAUAUUCUAUUAAAAUAUUAAAAUAUUUGCACCGCAGCUUGGAACCUCUCUCAUUUAAAGGUUUCUAAAUUUUUCUGUAGAAUUCAGUAUGUUCUUCACUGCUGGCCAGUCAUCUGCUUUACAAGGAAGCUGGGCAGUGAAGAAUAUUAACCCCUUCCAGCCUUCCCUGAAGUUCAUUGCCUAGUACCUCCUCAUUCAAUGGCAGUCUGGGCUUGUCAGUGCAGUAGGAUAAAAGGCCACAUUACAAAAGCCAGUGCCUCUUGGGUAUAUUAGACCCAAAAAAAGAAAAAGAAAAAAAAAAUGUAAGAGGGCUCAGGCUCGCAGAUAAGAGGUCUUUUGUGAAGUAGAUUGAAAAGUUCCCCGAUUAUGCCAUUUUUUUGCUAUCAGCCUAUGGGCAACUUCAUAUGUCAUUGCUAGAUCAGAACCAGUGUUCUCUUGUAUGACUAUAGCCAUAUUUCAGUCAAUCCCAAAAGCACUGAAUUCUAUCUCACUUACUAGACUGGCUACAACUGGCUGGAUGUAGAGAAUAAGACUCAACUGUGUAUUUCUGGCUUCAACUGUGUAUUUCUCAUAUCUAAUGAAAUUUUUGUAUUCCAGUGCUUGUUAGCUAUGAUUAUUAGUAUGUUUCUUAUAUUUAUUUUUGUGGUGAAGGGGAUUUUGAUUUUAUUGUUUCGAAGAUGAUUCAAAAUGUUUUGUUCUUUGGCAUAUUUCUGUCUUGGUCAUCUAUAUAGAGUUUAGGAGUAUAAAGUUGUUACAUUUCCAUUUCUGCUUUUUAUUAUACAGUAGUCUUCUAACAUACUAAGUUGGUACCCUAGCUACCCAAAAUAUGAACUGCUCUUAAGAGAAGUGAAGCAAAUGGAACAUGUAUCUGUUACAUUAUUAUGUAUGGGCAGUCAGAAGCAUAGCUUUGAAGGACCUGAAAAGAUAAAUAGCAGAAUUGAUAUGCACAGUCUCUAUUAAAUACACACUCUUUGAGGUAUGAAAUGAGAAUUGGGCUGAAGGAAUCAUGCAUUCGAAAGAUGAUUGUAUGCAUAGGUAUAAAGAGAUGAAAUAUUCAAAGAAGGUGGCUACUUGAGAGGCCUGUUACUUUAAUCUCAGUUGUUAAUAGCGCCUUCCUAAAAGUGAUAUAACAUAGAGCUAAAAUUUUGAAGUUGUAAAUGAAAAAAGUAAAAGGUGAAAAUUUGCAUAUUCUUCAAGAUAUAUUUUUAGGUGCUUUUGUUUAAUUCUCCCAUAUUGUCAUUAAAGCCACUGCUUUACUAUAUUGCACUGCCACUUUAAAAAUGAAUUACUUGAUAUUGUUUUUGAUUAAUUUCACUAUAUUCUGUGUAAUUAAUUGGUCAUUUUUUAAAUGUUUGAAUAAACUUUGUACUCCGUCUAAGGAGUGUUAUUAAUUCACAAUGUAUUUUGAACUUAAAAUGCUGUUAAAUGCCUAGAUAAGAGAUUAUUGAAGUUGUAUAAACUACUCCUGCAAAUGGUAAAUGUGAGAAUUUUUUUGUUCCUUUUCUUCUCCAUGUGUUAUAUGAUACAGAAUGCAUUUAGAAUCUAAUUCAUGUCUUAUCAGUUAAGAAUGUUUUCUAUGGUUUCUCAUAUCAGACUUUUAAAGAAAUUAUUGGGAUGUCAUUGGCUCUGUUUCUUUUUCCCUUUAUGUGGAGUUACAGUGGCAAUAAAACUUCAAUAUAGUAUUUUCUUAAAACCAUAUAUAAAUUUGUAUAGUAAUACUCCCUCAAAUCAAAAUAAUAAGUGAUAAAUAUAACAUAUUUAUUAUGAUAAUAAAUUAUCAUUAUCAUUAUCAUAUCAUGC